ACCUCUAAAGGAAAAAGAUCUAAAAGUGUAAAAUCAACAACAGUAGUAGCCCUGAGAUCAAGUUUUGUAUGGGAUUUUUUUAUAACUGAAUCUGAUACAGAAUUAGAUGUUAUUUAUGCAAUUUGUCAAGUAAAAGAUUGCACACGCAAAUAUGUUCAUCAUGGUUCUACAUCAGAUUAUAGAAAACAUCUUCGUGACAGUCAUGACAUUACUGAAGCUUCAAUUGCUAGUAAAACUUCUGAACAAAUUAAUGCUUUAAAACAACCAUCAAAACAAUUAUCUAUUACUGAAAUAUUUAAAAAACCUCUUAAUCCUAAACAACAGAAAUUAUUAAAUCAAGAAAUAGUAAAAUUUAUAAUUGGAACAAGACAACCAUUAUCUAUUGUUGAAAAUGCAGACUUUAGAUCCUUUUGUACUGCACUUAAUUCUCAAUUAUCUAUUCCUUGCAUUAAUACAAUUAAAGAUUUAAUAGAUAGUUCAUAUAAUCAUAUGAAAAAUCAACUUAAAGAUAUGACUAUUAAAUCUAUUCAAUAUAUUCAUUUGACUUUUGACUUAUGGUCAUCAAAAGCGCAUGAUUCAUAUUUAGGCAUUACUGCCCAUUGGAUUGACAAAGAUUUUGAGAUUUACAGUUUAGUUUUAGAUAUUGGAGAAAUACAAUAUCCACAUACUGCUGUUGAAAUUUCUCAUCAUGUAUCAAAAGUUUUUAAUGAUUGGAAUUUGGAAGAAAAAGUUUUAAUAAUUGUUACUGAUAAUGGAAGUAAUGUUAAAUCAGCUGUAUCAAGAUUAGGCAAAGAUUGGAUUCCGUGCGUAGCACAUACUUUACAAUUAUCAAUUAAUAAAGGAUUAAAAAUAGUUGAUCCUUUAAUAACAAAAAUAAAAAGUCUUAUUUUUUUUUUGGGAAGUGAUAAAAAAAGACAACAAUUAAGACAUGCACAAAUUAUUUGUAAUAAGAUUGAAGAAAGUGAAACAAUUGAAAUUAUCAAACCAAUUGAUAUAAGGUGGAGUUCUUUUUAUAAUGCUUUA